UGGCCCCUGGUGGCACUGUGCCCUGGAGGCUACUGGGUGAGGACAGAGCCUGCCGGCCCGUGGCACAUCUAAGAUCGCCCUCUGGGAGGAGAGCAGAGCAAAGGCUGCCUGCUUUCCUUGGGGGUCUCCAGGCUGAGCAGCAGGUCUCUGUGGGCCCCAGAGGUGUGGGAGGUGGGGAGUGAGCACUGCAGGGAUGCAGCCAGGCCCACCUACCCGAUGGUCUGAACGCUGAGACACAUUGUCCCCCUCAGGACUGGUCCCCAAAUUCUCGGGGUGGGGGGGCCCUGCCCUCCUCCCUCCUCCCUCCUCCCUCCUCCCACACCCUUGGGCCCCGCACGCCUUGCUCACAUUCCUGCUGCCAGCCUCACUCCGAAGGGGAAGAGUCGUCAAGGACAGUCUGACAAGUGGGUCACAGGCCGCACUUUGUGUCGCGGGAGAUAGGCAGCCAGGUUGGAACAGAAGGGGCUUUGAGAAGGCCGCUGGCCGGCCCGGGUGCGCGGCGGGCACUGGCCUCCAAGGUCACAUCCCGGGAGGAGAUAGGGGCUGCCCUUCGGCACAAACAUCCCUGCUCUCCCAUAUAAGCCGGGAGAGCCGGGCCCCUCCAAGCUCCCACGAUGCAGGGGCCACCUCUCUCUCUGGCCCUGAUGCUGUGGGCAACGGGGGCUCUGCUGGGGGCUGGGACCCUCAGGGAGGAGGUCGCCAGCACCCCGGCCCUGCGCGGGGAGCCAGCUGUAGACAGCGGAGGGCUCAUCUUCCACCAAGACUGGGACUGGCCACCCCCCGGCAUCUGGCCACCGGGCAGUCCUCAGGACCCCCUGUGCCUGGUGACCCUGGAUGGGGGUGGUGGCAGGAGCAGUGCCCCCCUGCAGGUGGUGGGGUCCCUGAGCGGCUACGAGCAGGCCUUCCUUGAGGCCGUGCGGCGCGCCCACUGGGGCCCCAGGGACCUGACCACCUUCGCGGUCUGCCCCCCCAGCGACCAGCAGCCCUCCCUGCCCCACCUGCGGCAGCUGCAAGCAUGGCUGGGGGAGCCUGUGGGGCGGCAGCUGGUGGUCCUGCACCUGGAGGAAGUGACGUGGGAGCCGAGACCCUCGCUGAGGUUCCAGGAGCCUCCGCCCAGGGGAGCCAGCCCUGCGGAGCUGGCGCUGCUGGUGUUGUACCCAGGGCCUGGCCCGGAGGUCACUGUCACCGGGGCUGGGCUGCCCGGCGCCCAGAACCUCUGCCCGGCCCCUGACUCCAGCUACCUGGUGUUAGUCGUGGACCACCCGGAGCGGGCCUGGCGCGGCCCUGGGCUUGCCCUGACCCUGCAGCGCAGCGGGAAUGGUGCGGCCCUGAGCACCACGCAGCUGCAGGCGCUGCUGUUCGGCGCUGACCCGCGCUGCUUCACGCGGAUGACCCCCGCCCUGCUGCUGCUGCUGCCGCCGCGGGGGCGCGCGCCCGUGCCCGCGCACGGCCGGCUGGACUCGGUGCCUUUCCCGCAGCCCAGGCCGUCCCCGGAGCCCGAGGAGGCGCCGCCCAGCACCGACCCCUUCCUGGAGACGCUCACGCGCCUGGUGCGCGCGCUGAGGGGACCCCCGGCCCGCGCCUCGCCGCCGCGUCUGGCCCUGGACCCGGGCGCGUUGGCCGGCUUCCCACAGGGCCAGGUCAACCUGUCGGACCCCACGGCGCUGCAGCGCCUGCUCGACGGCGAGGAGCCGCUGCUGCUGCUGCUGCCGCCCACGGCCGCCGCCGUCGGGGUCCCCGCGCCGCGGCAGGGGCCCGCGUCCGCGCUGUGGGCCGCGGGCCUCGGGCGCCGCGUGGCCUCCGAGCUUCAGGCAGCGGCCGCCGAACUGCGCGGCCUCCCGGGGCUGCCGCCCGCCGCCGCCCCGCUGCUGGCGCGCCUGCUGGCGCUGUGCCCGGGGGACCCGGGCGGCCCCGGCGGCUCGCUGCGCGCGCUGCUGCUCCUGAAGGCGCUGCAGGGCCUGCGCGCCGAGUGGCGCGGGCGGGAGCGGAGCGGGUCGGCGCGGGCGCAGCGCAGCGCCGGGGCCGUGGCCGCAGACGGGCCGUGCGCGCUGCGCGAGCUGAGCGUGGACCUCCGCGCCGAGCGCUCGGUGCUCAUCCCCGAGACGUACCAGGCCAACAACUGCCAGGGCGCGUGCGGCUGGCCGCAGUCGGACCGCAACCCGCGGUACGGCAACCACGUGGUGCUCCUGCUGAAGAUGCAGGCCCGCGGCGCCGCCCUGGCGCGCCCGCCCUGCUGCGUGCCCACCGCCUACGCCGGCAAGCUCCUCAUCAGCCUGUCGGAGGAGCGCAUCAGCGCGCACCACGUGCCCAACAUGGUGGCCACCGAGUGUGGCUGCCGGUGACCCCGCGCCGAGCCCCGAGUGGCGCCCCGGCCGGUAUUUAUUCGGACCCCCCCAUCGCCCCAAUAAAGGCCAGAAAG